AGCGCCCCAGCCCCCUCGCUCCGUCGCUCGUCUUCCUCCUCGCGCGAGCGUCUCCACCGCAGGUGAACACGGAACUUGAAGUCUGUGUAUGAAGUAACCUCAAUAGAUAUCAUGGGCGAUAGUUCAAAUGCAAAUGUCCAGAAGGCCGAGGAACUCAAACUUAAGGCAAACGAUGCCUUCAAGGCGAACAAAUUUUCUCAGGCUGUAGAUCUCUAUGACCAAGCUAUUGAUCUAAAUAGUUCAAAUGCGGUAUACUGGGCAAAUCGUGCAUUUGCGCAUACGAAACUUGAGGAAUAUGGAAGUGCUGUCCAGGAUGCUACAAAAGCUAUUGAGAUUGAUCCUAGAUAUUCGAAGGGUUAUUAUAGACGAGGUGCAGCAUAUCUUGCUAUGGGAAAAUUCAAGGAGGCCCUGAAAGAUUUUCAGCAGGUGAAAAGAAUCUGCCCUAAUGAUCCUGAUGCUACAAGAAAGUUGAAAGAGUGUGAGAAAGCUGUCCAAAAAAUCCGUUUUGAAGAAGCAAUUUCUGUAGGGGAUACAGAAAGGCGCUCCAUAGCAGAUUCUCUUGAUUAUCAUAUAAUAGAAGUUGAACCACAGUAUACUGGAGCAAGAAUUGAUGGGGAUACAAUAACAUUAGAUUUCAUCAAGCAGAUGUUGGAUAAUUUCAAACAGCAAAAAUGUAUACAUAAAAGGUAUGCAUUCCAAAUUGUGUUGCAAGCACGAGACUUGCUGCGAUCAGUGCCUUCCCUUGUCGAUGUCAAUGUUCCAAAUGGUUCUCAUUUUACGGUCUGCGGUGAUGUUCAUGGCCAGUACUUCGAUCUGCUGAAUAUAUUUGAGCUUAAUGGGCUUCCAUCUGAAGAGAACCCUUACCUUUUCAACGGAGACUUCGUGGACCGAGGGUCGUUUUCACUUGAAGUUAUACUUACCCUGUUCGCAUUCAAGUGCCUCUAUCCAACAGGUAUGUACCUAGCAAGAGGAAACCAUGAAAGCAAGAGCAUGAACAAAAUAUACGGUUUUGAGGGAGAAGUGAAGUCCAAACUGAGUGAUACGUUUGUUGAGCUGUUUGCUGAGGUAUUCUGUUGCUUGCCUCUUGCUCAUGUAAUCAACAAGAAGGUCUUCGUAGUUCAUGGGGGUCUUUUUAGUGUUGAUGGAGUGAAGUUAUCUGACAUUAAGGCUAUUGAUCGUUUCUGUGAGCCUCCUGAAGAAGGUCUAAUGUGUGAAAUUCUAUGGAGUGACCCUCAGCCUCAACUCGGGAGAGGCCCAAGCAAACGAGGUGUGGGGCUUUCGUUUGGUGCAGAUGUAACAAAGAGGUUUCUAGAAGAUAACAAUCUGGACCUUGUUGUCCGAUCGCAUGAAGUGAAGGAUGAAGGGUAUGAAAUUGUACAUGACGGAAAGCUUAUAACUGUUUUCUCCGCUCCUAAUUACUGUGACCAGAUGGGAAACAAAGGUGCAUUUAUUCGGUUCAGUGCUCCAGAUUUAAAGCCAGAUAUUGUUAGUUUCUCGUCAGUGCCACAUCCUGAUGUCAAGCCGAUGGCCUAUGCAAACAAUUUCCUCCGGAUGUUCCAAUAGCAGCAGGCGGCACCUCUGUCUGGUCAAUUUUGAUAUGCUGAACAUUUUCUCGCCCAUCUCAUCCAUACCAAGAUCCCAACCAUGUCUUGCCUAUUUUGGCACAACAAUUUUUUAUAUGCUGCUGUUGCCCCUCCUGCCCUCCGUUGUUAAAAUAUUGGUACUAGCACAGUGAUUUAGAUGUAUGUGUAGUUGUACAAUUUUCUUAUCUCGCGUCUCUGAUUCCCUUUAUAUCUCCCGUGCAUUCAAUUAGUGGGAUUCUGUUGCUCUGUUCAGCUUUCAACGUCGGCAAGGAUAUGCAUUUUCGCUGUUAUUUUGGUGUAUGAGUUGUUGUAAUUUACAACUUGGCGCAUAACAGUACAACAUCAUUUCAUACACAAUAUGCUAUCUGGGACAUGCAGCGUACUGUGAUUAUUCAGUAAAAGAUACUUUUUA